UUUAUGAGGAUUUGAACUUUUUAACAACUCAUCUGUCCUGUGAGGAACUUUUAAAUGUUUUAAAAACCUGCUCUACAGAUUUAUUUGACUGCGUAACUUUGAAAAUUUUAUUGAGACUUAACUUGGAACGUGAGGACUUUACACAGUCGACAACCUUUAAAAAGUGUUCCAUCUUCGAUUUUUUGGGGAAACUAACUGAAUUCGAACUUUUUUGGUACUUUAAAGAUCAGCAAACAUUCGGAUCCAGAAGCUUUAGUUGUGCUAGCUUAACGAUGGCCCUGGUAAUUUUCGAAUUAAAGAAGAAGGUGAAAACUAUGAAUUUUCCCACAAUGUAUAGUAUCUUACAACUUGUUUACAGCCUUUCCCGAAAGUAUUUUUUUAGUGAGUACGAGCUUCUUGUACUGCGACAGACUUUUAAGUUUCAAAUUGAUAAUAUGGAGAAGUAUUACGCUUGCGUACAGUUGUCUUUAAAAAUUCUAUCAAAAUUGUUUUGUUCUGGUAUCAAUAAUUUUGUCGACUGCCUAAGCAUAUAUGAAGUCCGCUUACUUGAACAACUCGACAACCAACUUUGCAGCAGCAGAGCGGGGACCCUUUCUUACCUGCCCUUGGCCAUCUCUGUAUGGGUCGCCGGUUGCUGUCGAACCCUGGAAGUGAUUUCAGAGAAGGCUGCCAACAUACUACUAAAGACAGAAGCAUAUGGCGAGGACUGGCCAGCAUUGUUCAGCCGUUUUGUAGGCUUUUGGAACCAGUUAGCUGAAGCGUAUGAAUAUAAGUUGCGUGAAAAUAUCUCCUUUUUGACCAAGAAAGGGGAUGAACGCCUCUUCUUGUUGUCACAAGAGCUCCUAUAUUCUCUUACCGAAAGCGACACUUUAUUGGUUCGCACAAUGCUAAACAUGUUUAAAGUUAAUGCGUUCGCAAGCGUCUGUGAGGACUUUGCUCCUGCGCCUCUGCGGGGGCGUGGAGUGAGCACCCAAAUAGUGAGUACCCCUUCAGCUGGGGAAGUGAGCCUUUUUAUACCCCUCCACAUGUCGUUAUUAGCGCUACUGGACGCUAUAAAGUUUGAUGUCCCCUUAAUUAUAGACUGGUUGGUCUCCUCAGAAACGCCGCUCCUCGAGUACCUCCUUCUUAACUUAAAAUAUUUAAGCGCCGACAAACACUAUAGCAAAGUCUUGUCUUUGGCCAGAAAAGUCGGUCUGCUUGAAACUUUUACUGCCACGCUGCAGGCGUUGUACAAGUCUUGCCGGUCAUUUAACGAAAAGAAUCUGUUCCCUUAUAAGGCCGAUGUCCUUGUAGAGCAUUUAAAGGUAGUAGUACUGAGGGGUCCUAUUUAUUGAUGUCGUACGUGUAUAAAUUAAUAAUACUUGAUUAAUAUACUCACUUAAUAUUUCUUUGUC